ACGUUUCUCUAAAUAGAUGGUGAAAGACAUUGGUUUCAAUGUGUACCGUAUUCUUCCAGAUGCAGUUGGAAAGUAAACACUGUAGGAUGGCCCUUUUGCUGUGAAAUAUAUAUUAGGACUAAUAUAUAUCUGGACAUUUUUCUUCAUAGGGACAAAACCUCCAAAAAUCAUCGAAUCACCGAAAAUGUUUGCUGAACAGAAAAAUAGAGUCUGAAUUCCAUAUCCAUAGGUUCUGCAUCAUCAUCAAAAGCAACAUUUGAAUUUGCCACUCAUUAAGGUGAUGGGUAAACACACACUGUUGUAACAUCCACUCAUUUCACCAUUCCUCAAUCUCCGCAGCAUUCAGGUUGUUUGCUGAAUUACUUCUUGUUUGUCCACUGCUUGUGUUGUUUGCACCUUUUUGUCGCAGUUGAAAAUGCCUCCCACAAAGCAAUUAAGUGGCCAAAGCAAUCCCUCGAAGGCUAAGAGGGAGCGCAAAGUGCUGACACUCAAUGAGAAAAUACAAAUCUUGGAUCUUCUGAGAGACGGCAUGUCGCUGGCUGCCGUGGGCCGAAAAGUCGGGAAGAACGAGUCCAGCAUCCGCACAAUCAAGCAGAAAGAAGCCGAAAUCCGGGCGAGAGUGAGUGCUGCCCCGACCAUGGCCAAAAUGGUCUCCCUGGUCCGUGAUAAAGUGCUUGCGAAGGUCGAGAAAGCGCUAAGUGUGUGGCUGGAGGACAUGGCGCAGAAGCGCAACCCCGUCGACGGCAAAAUCGUGCGCGAGAAAGCACUUUGCCUCUACGAACUCUACCAGGAGGGUGUCGAGGAGAGCGAGAGGAAGGAGUUCAAGGCCAGCAAGGGGUGGCUGGCCAGCUACGUCAAGCGCUAUGGCCUCAAGAACUUAUUGAUCUGCACCCCUGUAUCCGGUUACGAGGGUCAGCCAACGCCAAAGGAAGGGAUGAAGAGAGUUGUAAAAAUGGAAGACCCAGAGCCAACCGGGUCCCAGUUGCGGGAAGGCUUGGAGAGGGUUGGAGAAGGACUCCGCGUCGUCCAAGUGGAGGACAUUGGGGAUUAUUUAAAAGAGGAAGUGGACAAAAGUUUGUCGAAGUAUUGGGAAUCCCAGUGGCAGGAGUUCCUCUGGACAGUGCAGUCUUCCUGCAAUGGAAAUUCGGUCUCCCCUGAUGUUGUGCCACAUGGCAAUGGUCCACUUUGUGCAAGAGAUGGUCGGCAACGAGACAAACAUCAGAGAGUUCGGGCUUCUCCGUGCCUUGAAGAGACUAGUCCAGAGGUCUGCAACACAAAGCAUGGACUAGAUGAAGGCAAUUGCAACAAAGUGGAAAAGGAGGAGGACAUGGGGAGCACCGAGGCAGACCGGCAAUGCUUCCGGCAGUUCGGCUACCGGGAAGCCGAGGGCCCUCGGGAAGCCUUUUGCCGCCUCUGGGAGCUUUGCCACCAGUGGCUGAAGCCCGAAAGGCACACAAAAGAACAGAUUCUGGACCUCCUGAUCUUGGAGCAAUUCCUGUCCAUCCUGCCUGAGGACGUGCAGGCCUGGGUGAAGGAGAACGACCCCGAAACAUGCUCCGAAGCUGUGGUCCUGGCGGAGGAUUUCCUCCUGAAGCAGCAAGCGGAUGAGCCGCAGGCCCAAAUGGUCCCAAUGCCGUUCCAUGUGGCGACGGUGAACCUUCCUGUUGCUGAAAAGGCUCCUGCAGAAAACAAACAGAGGAACACACAGCAGGACCUUGAGGAAGGUGGGAAAGGCCCUACGGAUCGCUCUCCAGGAGCUACAGACAUGUGGGAAUGCAUGCCACAAAAAAGAGCCCGACUCCAGAGCCCAGUGGUAAAUAUUGCCAACCAAGGCCAUGCUAACUGCUUGGAGGCCAAGCCUAUAGAGAACAGGAUUCAGGGAUCUGCUUCCAGCAAAAGAGGCAACCUUCCCAAAACCUCCUGCCUGCAAAGAGCUCAAAAGGCCAAAAGUCACCAAAGCUGCAACUUGUGUGGAAAAGGCUUCAGCUUCAACGCAGCGAGCACCCACCCAGGAGAGAAACCAUACAGAUGCAGUUACUGCCGGAGGAGGUUCAACCAAGCCAAAGUCCUCGUUCAACAUCGAGGGAUUCACACGGGAGUGAAGCCAUACAAGUGUUCAGACUGUGGAAAAAGUUUCCGCCUGAGCCUCCAACUUGUCCGGCACCAAAAGACCUGCUUCGACUGUAGCUAGCCCUUGCUAGAAACAUCAAAGACAAGGUCCUUGACAGAGCUAUGAAUCUCAUAAAAGUGCUGAAUCAGGUGCAUCGUACAAGGACCGAGCUCCCGAUAGAAUCCUAGAGUUGGAAGAGAACUCCAAAGGCCAUCUAGUCCAACCCUAUUCUGUUAGAGAGGAAAAGCACAAUCAAAGCACUGCUGCCAUCCUCCUGGAAAGGUUCUAUUUCAGCCAUGGGCAAACUUUGGCCCUCCAGGUGUUUUGGACUUCAACUC